AUGAUCGAUCUCGUUCUGAUCCUGGCUAUCAAGCUGGCGCUCUAUCUGUCGGCUCGCGCUGCACUUCCUUUCCUCUUCGGACAGGCACGGCAUGCCUCGCUCGAUGUUAGCGCGAAAUCCGUCACAUCUCUACCCACGCCAGCAACCGCCCGCGCGUCGACUAACUCUGCAACGUUUCAUUCCGACUCGAUACACGAUGACGAAGAUGACGAUUACCGGCUCGGCUCCAGCGCAACAGAUCGGUCUCCAUUUCUGGCCAUCAAUAAGGGAUCGAUGCUGCCCUCCUGGCCUCAACUAAAAGCUUCAAUGCUUACGCCCGUACGGAUCCGAAACUCGCAGGGUAGCUUGGACCUUGCGAGCGUGUCGGCACUCCUGUUUUCUCUCGCAUUUGCCGAAGCAGCAUCCCUCUUUGUCGCCGUUUUGCUCGAGACGGCAGGCUUCCCAGCUGGCAACGGAACCACGCUUCGACAGGUGUGGCGCUUCGACUUGGCCGCCGUUCAAGCGCUGGCGAUUGUUCUCAUCCCGCUUGCCGUGUGCUUGCUGUUCACUUACCGUAGCAACACCUCGACGCCUCUGCCUCGACGCAUCACCUAUUUGCUGCUUCCCUUCGUGCCCUGGCUCGUGCUCUUCUUCAAGGUUCCGCUUCCGAGCGCAUUGUUGGACAAGCGGAGCGGUGCAGGCAUUUUGGAUGGUCUCAUGGCAAGGACAGCUGUCAUCGGCGUUAGCUUCAUCGCCAUCCUAUCGGGGUCUGCAGCCCUUCAGGCUGCUUGGGAAGCGGUCGAGCACUUUCAAGGCAAGCAACAACGCCCGCCAUCGCAGAGCGAUAUUCGCUUGGCGCAAGAAUCGUUCCAGAGAACUUGCUCCGACCUCGCCUUGAGGAAGACGGAUUUGGCGCGGCUUGAAGGCGAAACGCCUGAUCGUAGCUCGACUAAUUGGAGCGUCUCGAGCCUCUGGGGAGGCGACAGUCGAUCCAGAGACAUCAAGUCCCUCAAGUCGGAGAUCUUUGGUCUCUCCUCCAUCGCCACGGCUAUGCGCGACGACUUGGAUCGAAUGACAUCGCUGCAGCACAAGGACAAGCUCAACAGCACCAUUAUCGGCAAAGUUUGGAUCCUCGUCGGUUGGGUGUGGGCGGCGUAUUGCGCCUUUCGAAUUGCACUGUCCCUGCUCAAUCUCCUCGUCCUCGGGUACAAAGACACGGCUCCACCAGACUUUAUCUCGCUCUCGGUUGCCUACAUCAUCCGCAUAUUCGACGUUGACCUCGACGUGGCUGCAUGGACGAAACAAGUCUCGCUGCUGUUUGUCGGCGUGCUGAUCUGGGGAAGAAUCGGGAAUGUUCUCAGCUACCUCGGCUCUGCCUUCCGUGCAGCUGGCACAGGAGUUUCAAGCUCCUUCCUUGUCUUGUUCCUUGCCGAAAUCAUGACUAUCUAUCUGCUGGCCACCUUGAUCCAGCUUCGUUCGUCACUGCCAGCUCCGGUCUCGGUUCCACCCUCUCCCAGAGCUCUUGCAGAUGAGAGCUCCCCUCCUCUGCUCGCAACGCUGCCCAGCUUUCAAAUCGUCUUUGGCAGUCUGUUCGAUUCCGCCUUCUUGCUCGCGGCAGCUGCUACAGCCGUUUGGAAAUACCUCAUGUAUAUGCAGCGCACUUCUUCGGGAGACGGAGGCGUACUGUUUGGCGGAGCAGGUCGUUGA